UAUAUUAAAAUGUUUAUAAAUUAAUAUGUGGUUUGCUAAGGGGGAUUUAAAAAGUAAAACUAAAUUAUUUUUUUAAACUAAAACACCUGACAAAGACGAUUAGUCAAAGUAAAUUCAUUUUAAAUAAAUUGGUCUCUUACGACCAUAGCAGAAGAAAAAUUAAAGUUUUUUAUAUGGAGUUAGAGGAACUAAUGUCAAACCGAACACUUCUUGAAAAAAUGACUGAAGCCGAUAUUCAUACAAACAGUUUUAGGAUGCCACCAAAAAAUCAAGUUAUUCAACAAAACAAUAUAAAACCAAAAGAUAUGUGUAUCAGUUAUAAAAAAUCAAAUUUGUAUGCUGUUGCGACAACAGAAACGCAAUGUGAAGAGUUAGAACUCGAUAAAAGUCGAUGUUGCAAACCGCCGACUAAAUUAAAAAGGUUAUUUAAAAUAGUGUGGGUAAUAAUUCUUUUGUGCUACAUACUUGGGAUGCCAAUUGUGUUAUAUGAUAUAUAUUCAAAAUUAAUAGCAACUAAAACUCAAAUCAUAGUCCUGGAAAAUAGUUUAUGUGUCAAUUUGAAAAACAAACAUUUUCAUGAUACAUUAAAAAAUCUUAAUACAUUUGACCGUGAACCGGAAGAAGUAUCCAAAAAAUAUCCUGUCAACAGUCUUCAUCAAAGUUACGAGAGUGAAACGGAAAAGCGUCUCGUGAUACUUUCAAGGGAUAUUGGAAAAAAAAUGGAGGAAUACUUGCAAAGAAUUAACUAUUUGGAGGAAAUGGAAACAUGGUUCAAUGAGACAAAACUCAAUUUAUCAAAACCAAAUGCAAAAGAUGAAUGCACUUGUCGUGGUUUCACUGGUAUGCCAGGAAAACCAGGAGCGGUAGGCCUUCCAGGCCCACCUGGCCCACCAGGUAUGGAUGGUCAGCUUGGUGAACGAGGAUUUUCAGGUCCAAGAGGACCUCCUGGUAGAAAUGGCGAAAAAGGAGAUACUGGAGACCCUGGUGAAUGUGACUGUCAAUUUGUUUAUAAAGGAAAUCCUGGUAAGCAAGGUCCGCCAGGACCAAUAGGACCUCCUGGUUUACCAGGAACUCGCGAGUCUCAGGUUGCAGAACGUGGAGAAAGAGGUGAACAAGGAGUUAAAGGAGACACUGGACCUCCAGGAGUCACUGGACCCCCAGGUAAACCAGGCUUUAACGGAACUUGUUCAAGCUGCACGAUAGCUAAACACCAUACAACGUACACUCAUUGGGGAAAAUCAUCGUGCCGUAAUGACAGAUCAACGAUUUAUAGUGGUUAUGUGGGAAGCUCAUACCAUAAUUCAGACGGAGGAGGGUCAAACUACUUAUGCUUGCCGGUGUUACCCAAAUACGAUAAGCACGAUAAUGAAUCUAAUUCGAAGUCACGUGCUUUUAUUUAUGGAGUGGAGUUCGAACUUGGAGACUCAGACAUAUUUGAUUCAAAAUAUACAGGACAAUAUUUUAACGCGCUGUGUUCAAUGUGUGAUGUAAAAGAACGUACGAAUACUUUAAUGAUACCAGCCGUAACUGAAUGUCCGGUUGGAUGGCAUAAAGAAUAUCAAGGUUUCCUUAUGACUCAAAAAAAAUAUUUGCAACGUACAGAAUAUAUAUGUGUAGAUAAAAAACCAGACUUUAUUGAAGACACAAAAGAUUGGGGAAAAGGUGGGUUUCUGCAUUUCGUCGAGAGUAAAUGUGGAGUUUUGCCAUGCAUAAAUUCUUAUAAAGAUUCUUGGGAGCUAAGUUGUGUGGUGUGUACUAACUGAUCAAGUAUACAUAUUAUUUACUUAAUAAAUAAACGACAGAUAUUUCCACAUGCGUAACAUAAAUAAGUUUGACUGCCAUUGACUUUUAAAGACAUCAAGUUUAUAAUAAGACCGGAUUGAAAAUAUCGUUGUGUUACCAAGGGUUUCACUUUUUCACUCAACAGAUUACGUAAUUUACAGAUUACGGAAAUUUUAUUGCGACUUCUUUGCCGUGUCAAAAAAGAAUUAUCGUCAAAUACCUCAGUACAUUUGAUAAUUUAUGGUUAUGAGUGAUCAAGUGGUCACUUUUUAGUAGCGAUACACAAAAACGCUUACGUUUUAGUUGUGACAAAAUAUUUUAAAAUAAAUUUUUUUAUCUGGAAUGCUUCUCGCAUAAAAUAAAGAAAAUUUGUUA